AUGGAUAGCUCAGUAGCCACCAACGAAAAUUCUCCCGACCCAGAAUUCCAAGACAAAUACCCAAAACCCCGAAAACCGGAUGAAGAGAAGUUUGAAUCUGGCCAGAAAAGGGAAGAAGAUAUCAACUUCACUAAAGAUGAGACAACGCCGGUCACUUCGGAUACUGCUUUCACUGCUAUUGAGCAACCAGCCUGUGAGCUCAAUGGCUUUCUGUGGGCUCUCGUUGUCGCAGCCAUUAUCUCACCAUUCUUUCUCUUCGUACUUGAUAACACCAUUGUCGCUGAUGUCCAACCAAAAGUUGUGGAAACACUGGGAGAAAUUGCGAAGCUACCAUGGAUGUCGGUAGCUUUUGCCUUGGGUGCUGUUAGUGUCAAUUUAAUAUGUCUAGUAGGUCUGACGUGGGGAUUAGGUACGGUUUUAGGUCCAAUUAUCGGCGAUGCUUUUACAGACAGUGGUGCAACUUGGAGAUGGUCCUUUGAUUUGAAUACUUGUGUAGGAGGAUCAAGAGGACCUGUAUAUAUACUCCUUUUACCCUCCCACGAUCCUAGGCCAGGAGUCAGUAUCAAAACUCGACUUCGAGAGAUUUGA